GUUAUUGACAACUGGAUGACAUAUAUUGACACAAUUGGAAUCACAAGACUGAGAGCAGUAAAUUAGUCAGCAUUCUUGGUUUAUGUAACUAGCGUGUGUCAACAAACAGCCCAAAACAUGUGUGGGCUAGUUAGUGAGGAAAUCCCCUUGUUCACGCAUUUGAGUGGGCGUAGGGAAGUGAAUUAUCUUGGUAUAUAUAUGGGAAUCCCAAACAGGCAGUUAACAGCAACGAGGUCUCACUGGAGGAGUCAAUAUGAACCUGUCGUCUGCCAUCAAAGCUUUUGGAUCUCUGUGUGUGCUGCUUGCAGAUGCAUUACCAGUUUCCAAGGAUUAUUCUCCAAAGAUCAUCGGGCCAGAUUGCGUCAAAAUAAGAGCUCAUCCAGGUGAGCAGCUGUUUCUUCACUGUGAAGCGCUUACAAACUGCCAAGAUGUUGCACUCAUCUACUGGCUCGUCAAUGACUCUUUCCCUGAAGACACCCCCAGCAAUGACAGAAUAAUAGAAUCAGAGGAAUCAUCUUUAGAGGACGGUGCGAUCCUGAAGAGGAGUUUGCUGUUGAAGAAAGUCACACCAGAGGACCUGAAAUCCACCUUCACCUGUGUCGUGACAAACACUGCUGGGAUGAGCAGAAAGAAAGUAACUUUAACAGCAGCUGUAAGUAGCAACUGUAAUGGAGGAAGAAAGAGAAAACACAAAAUAACACGACAGUAAAAAACUAAAUACUCUGAGACAUGUUUUACUUGAAAACAAUUUUAGUCAGCUCUAUCUUUGAAUGUACCUUUCUGUGUCAUGCUGCUGCUGGGUUGGUUAACUAUGCCAAAGAAAAGUUAUGUGAAGAAAUGUACAAAGCUUGGGGUCCAUUUGGUUCCACAAUUGUCCUCAUUUUACCUUGAUGGCUUUCCAACAGUGAGAACAAUUUUGCAAAAUAUGCAGAGAAACUCCCUCUCAUCUUCUGGGAGGGAAUAUGUUAAUCCUCUGAAGCCUGAGCAAACAGGUUUAAAUUCUUACAAAAACACAAGAAGAAGGCGACUAGCUACUUAAAUGGCAAAUUUCCUGAUAUAAAUAUACAAAGAAAAUAAAUAAAAUAAAACAAGAAAGUACUUAAAGAUUAAUACAGU